AUGGAAGAGCGAAAAUGGGAGGAUUUAAACUUGGAUUGCUUGUUGAAUGUGUAUGAGAGAUUGGGAGUUGAAUCUCUGGUAUUGGACAUUCCCUUCGUGUGCAAGUCAUGGUACAAAGCAACUCUCAGUCCACAAUGUUGGCGGCACAUUAAGCUUCCUAUGUUAUCAUGUGAUUUCGGGUCAAGAUUAAAGUAUGCGGAUCGUGUUGAAGAGCUUGGUGUUCGUGGAAUCAUUAAGUUUGCCAUCAAGCGUAGUGCUAGAUCUGUUGUUUCACUAGAGAUGCCCGGCAAUCUUUCCUGCAAAUCUGAUAAAGAUCUCUUAGUUUAUAUUGCAAAUGAGUGUCCUGUCUUGAAAGAUUUGACAUUGUCUACUGAUCUAUCAGCGAGUGAAAUGUCCAUCAUUCCCGGCCUUAUAAGCAAAUGGAAAAAUUUGGAAAGGGAUGCAUGGGAUGUAGCCGCAUUACUGCCAAACCUUAAGUAUUUGGAUCUGAGUUAUGCACACCUUUACGAUGCCCAUCUAGAUAUUAUUUUGCAAGGCUGCAAAGAACUUCUUUAUCUUGAUGUUCGGUAUUGCGUAGGUUUUGAGGAGGAUGAUGAUGAAAUAUUGAAGCUUGCCUCUCAUAUUCCUACAUUCUUGUGUGAGGGUUCAAUACGAGGGGACUUGUCAGAUGAUGAAGAAGCAUACCAUGUAAAUAAAUUUUGGUCCAGACAAAAAGAACUUUAUCCUCCUAUAUAUGGAUGA